GCUGCCCCGUGCUGUGAGUCUCUCGCCACCCCGCUAUGUGCUCUGUCUCUUAUGCCCCCCCUCUCUCUCUCUUGCUCUGUGGCAGCAGCAGUCCUCAUCCCCCUGUCGGUAGAGGCUAGAUCCAAGUGGCCUAAGGGACCUUCAUCCCCUGUCUCUUCCACAGAGCAAGAGAGAGAGGGGGCAUAAGAGAAAGAGACAGACUCUCUUCCAGACCCUGGCCACUGCCGGUGCUAACUGCUCUCUGAUAGGCUGCAGCAGUUAUUUCUGUCCCCACCUCUGUCAGCAGCAGCCACACACAUCAUACACACAGUGUCACACACACACACACGCCACAGCCCCUGCCCUGUCCCCUCCGCCUCCUCUCCCCGUGUGCAGCAGCAGCAGCAUGAUGUUACACUCCUCCCUCUGAGCACGCUCGUCUCCUCCAUCCCUCUCUAUGGUGUCUCGUCCUCCAGUCUUCGCUGCUGCACUCCCGCCUGCCGUCCCUGCGCUGUCACUUCUUGUCACUGUCUGUCAGUCUCGGGCUCCGGGCCUUGCACCCAACAUGGGUCUCAGGUGAUAAGCCGAGAGGGCCGCCGGAUUUAGCGGGCGGGGAGCAGAGCUACCGGAGAACGUGGAUCCCGGGCCUGACCGCCCGCACCGGGGGCCUGAACGCCGGCAUAAGUCCGGUAUCUUGAACUUUGGUCGAUUACUUGCAGAGGUUGGAGAACAUGGAGAAUGGGGAGAAGAUCAACAAGGGGCAGGAGGAUGAGAUGGAGAUUUAUGGUUACAAUCUGUGUCGGUGGAAGUUGGCUCUAGUAGCUGUAGGAGUGCUGUGUACCGGUGGCUUUCUCCUACUUCUUCUCUAUUGGAUGCCUAAGUGGCGUGUGAAGGCAACGUGCACUCAAACGACAUUGAAAGACUGUGACGUCGUGCUGCUGAGAACAACUGAUGAAUUCAGACAAUGGUUUUGUGCAAAAGUCCGCAUACGUUUGUGUCCUGGAACAGACCCCUUUGAGAGCCCUGAAUCUAUGGCAAGCAAAAUGAUCAAUGGUCACACAGGCCACCUUCCUGAUAGUCCCACCGAGCACAAUGAAGAUCACCCAAUGAAUGAUGCAAUAGUCCCACUACAUGAGGUUCAUUAUUUUGUGCAUCACAGUGUGACUUACUACUGGAACGAUUUGCAUCAAGCAUUCAACUUUUUAACGGGCCUGGAUGAUGGAGUUUCUUGUGCUGCCAUGCACAGUGAACACGGCAAAGGAUUAAAUAAAGAAAUACAUGAUUACAGAAAAUUAUUUUAUGGAAUAAAUGAAAUUGCUGUUAAAGUGCCUUCUCUUUUUAAGCUUCUGGUUAAGGAGGUUCUCAAUCCUUUUUACAUUUUUCAACUAUUCAGUGUUAUAUUGUGGAGCACAGACGAAUAUUACUACUAUGCAGCAGCUAUUGUGUUAAUGUCUGUGAUAUCCAUUAUCAGUUCUUUGUACACCAUUAAAAAGCAAUAUAUCAUGCUACACGACAUGGUUGCAGCUCACAGUAUUCUCAGAGUCACUGUGUGCCGAGCAAAUAAAGAGGUAGAAGAAAUCCUGUCAACAGACCUUGUACCUGGGGAUAUUAUGCUAAUCCCACCUAAUGGGACCAUUAUGCCAUGUGAUGCCGUCCUGAUUAGUGGCACCUGCAUUGUGAAUGAAAGCAUGUUGACAGGUGAGAGUGUACCAGUGACAAAAACCAACUUGCCAGACCCCUCUACAAAUUCCAGAGGAGCAGAAGAUGAGAUCUAUAGUCCAGAAGUUCACAAGCGCCACACUUUAUUUUGUGGGACCAAUGUUAUCCAAACCAGAUUUUAUGCUGGAGAACCUGUCAAAGCCAUAAUUGUUCGGACAGGGUUCAGCACUUCUAAAGGACAGCUGAUUCGUUCCAUACUGUACCCAAAACCAACAGACUUCAAGCUAUACAGAGAUGCCUAUAUGUUCCUGCUAUGUCUCGUAGGGGUGGCUGGAAUUGGGUUCCUUUACACUGUUGUAAAUAGCAUUUUAAACAAGGUCCCAGCCGGGAUAAUUGUUAUUGAGUCACUGGACAUCAUAACUAUUACAGUUCCUCCUGCUCUUCCUGCUGCCAUGACUGCUGGGAUUGUUUAUGCACAGAGGCGUCUGAAAAAAAUAGGAAUCUUCUGUAUCAGCCCUCAGCGAAUAAAUAUCUGUGGACAGUUAAAUCUCAUAUGCUUUGACAAGACUGGUACUCUCACUGAAGAUGGCUUGGACCUCUGGGGAAUCCAAAGAGUAGAAAAUGCUCGGUUUCUUUUGCCAGAGGAAAAGGCUUGCAGUGAGAGCUUGGUUAAGUCUCAGUUUGUUGCCUGUAUGUCAACCUGUCAUUCACUUACAAAGAUCGAUGGGGUAAUUUCAGGUGACCCUCUUGACUUAAAAAUGUUUGAAGCCACAGGAUGGAUUCUGGAGGAAGCCACGGAGGAGGAGACUGCACUGCACAACAAGAUAAUGCCAACAGUUGUUAAACCUCCAAAACAACCUACCACGGAGCACAAACCCGCAGGCAGCGAGGAAAUGGAACUUUUUGAAUUGCAGACAUCAUAUGAAAUCGGAAUUGUACGCCAGUUUCCUUUCUCUUCAGCUUUGCAGCGUAUGACCGUUGUAGCCAAAGUUCUAGGAGAGAAACGGAUGGAUGCAUAUGUGAAAGGGGCCCCAGAAGUCAUAGCCAGUCUCAGCAAACCAGACACAGUACCAUCUGACUUUGCGACUGUGUUAGAAGACUACACAAAGCAGGGAUACCGUGUCAUCGCACUUGCACACAGGAAAUUGGAGUCCAAAAUUGCAUGGCAUAAAGUCCAAAAUAUUAGUAGAGAUGUCAUUGAAAACAACAUGGGGUUCCUGGGGCUUAUUAUUAUGCAAAACAAACUUAAACCAGAAACUCCAGGUGUUCUUGAAGACCUUCGCAAAGCUAAGAUCCGCAUGGUUAUGAUCACAGGAGAUAACAUGUUAACUGCAAUUUCUGUUGCCCGAGACUGUGGAAUGAUUCUACCUCAUGAUAAGGUUAUUGUAGCUGAUGCACUACCUCCUAAAGAUGGACAGACUGCCAAGAUUAACUGGCACUAUGCAGACACCAUGCCAAGAAAUGAUUUGAAUGCUAUUAACUCAGAGAUUAUUCCAAUGAAAUCACUGAAUGACAGCCUGGAAGAGACUCAGACAAUAGAUUACCAUUUUGCAAUGAAUGGAAAAUCUUUUGCCGUCAUUCUGGAACACUUUCAGGACCUGCUUCCAAAGUUGGUGUUACACGGUACGGUGUUUGCACGGAUGGCACCUGAUCAGAAGACACAACUGGUGGAAGAGUUACAGAAUGUAGACUACUAUGUCGGCAUGUGUGGAGAUGGGGCAAAUGACUGUGGGGCACUAAAGAGAGCCCAUGGAGGGAUAUCAUUGUCCGAAUUAGAGGCAUCUGUGGCAUCACCAUUCACCUCUAGGACACCCAGCAUUACAUGUGUGCCAAACCUGAUAAGGGAAGGGCGAGCAGCACUGAUCACUUCUUUCUGUGUGUUUAAGUUCAUGGCUCUGUACAGUAUUAUCCAGUACUUUACCGUUACUCUGCUGUAUUCUAUUCUCAGCAAUUUGGGAGACUUCCAGUUCCUUUUCAUAGAUCUGGCAAUCAUAUUGGUAGUGGUGUUCACAAUGAGUUUGAAUCCUGCCUGGAAAGAGUUGGUGGCACAAAAACCUCCAACAGGUCUCAUCUCGGGACCCCUUUUAUUCUCUGUCCUCUCCCAAAUCCUGAUUUGCUUGACGUUCCAGACUAUUGCUUUCCUGUUUGUAAAACAGGAGCCCUGGUACGAGGUCUGGACAACUAGCAGCGAUGCCUGCAAUAUCUCCUCUGAUGAUCAUCAUGACAAUUCCAGUGUACAUGAUGAGCACAACAUCAAAAACUUUGAAAACACCACUUUGUUUUUUGUGUCCAGCUUCCAGUACCUCAUUGUGGCAGUUGUGUUCUCAAAAGGAAAACCAUUUCGCCAACCCUGCUACAAAAACUAUCUUUUUGUAACCUCUGUAUUGGCUCUGUAUGCCUUAAUGUUGUUCUUCAUGCUGUAUCCAAUUGAGUCUAUUGAAAAUUUCUUUGAGUUGGUCUGUAUCCCGUUUCAUUGGCGCCUUACACUGCUCUUAAUUAUCAUUGGCAAUGCACUUGCUUCAGUGUUUGUAGAGACUGUCGUCCUUGAUAUCAUACUCUGGAAGCUUGUGUUCAACCGAGACAAGCAGGGAGAGUCCCAGCUCAUGGUCACCCACCCCCCACAGGAGGCGGUUGAUCGCUGGGGAGGGAGGUUCUUGUCCUUUUUGUGCUGUUGCAAAAAGAAGAUGCCUAAAGCCAAAUACAUGCACUUAGCACAGGAGCUGUUAGUAGACCCAGACUGGCCACCCAAGCCAAGAACAACUACUGAAGCUAAAGCUCCUAACCAAGAGAAUGGCAGUUACCAAAUUGUCACCAUUACGUAGCAGUAACUGUCGCUGGCUUUUCUAUGGUUCACUUGUUUGUCCUACAAGUGGGGUCUGCACUGCAUUGUGGAUCAGUUCACUGCAGAGCCCAUCCGUAGAGCUCUCAUAGUGUCUCCAAGCAGGAGUUGGGUAUGGCUGCCAGCAUUGCUAAUUCAAGUGUACAUGUAAUGUCUGAAUGGAUCCCUUUUAAAAAAAAAACUUUUUACCCCAAAGGCUUCAGAAAUGCAAAUAAUUUGGACAUCUCUGCAGCACCCAAUGUCUUGAUGGUGGAGGGAGUUUACACCCUAGUUUUCACCCAUACAGCAAGAUUUUCCCAAUUUUAUGAUUUAGAUUUUUCUUCCUAAUGAUGGAAUUGGGAACCAUUGUGUCUUAUUUUGCACACUGUGUCACGGCAAUGAAUUCAGAUUUAGUGUUUUACCUUGUGAUCCAAAAACAUAUAUAUAUAUAUAUAUAUAUAUAUAUAUAUAUAUAUUGAUUGUCAUUAGAAGGGAGUUGAAGUCUCUGGAAACCACGUUAGCAAAUAAGGAUUACCUCAUUGUGUUUUAGCCCCACUCCCUACAAGCAUACGCCAGACCCAAUCCUUGUCCGUUGCAGUGGUCUUCAUGUUUGUACUCAUUGGAGGAAUAGGGAUUUGCCUAUGUGGUUUCCUCGCCCUUGAAUUCUCCUUUUAAUAUGUGCCUUCUUUCCUGUCUUACUUUCCAUACACUUAUUUAUUUUUAGAUUCUAGCUACAUGAAUUUGAUCACCUUUACAUCACUACCAAAGAAUCACGCUUUUUUAAUUUUCCCUCUGGCCUGUGUUGACGGCCUUUAUUUAGUUUCAGUGGGAUGUUUUUGAGAGUAGGGCUAUACAAUCACAUAUCAGAGCUUUGAGCGGCUCAACUGUCCAUGCUGGGCAUGUUGGUUUUUGGGGGUUUGGUUUUGUGUUAUUGUUUUUGCUUAGUGACUCUCGGGAUACCAAGAGGUCUCCUGUCUGCAGUACGGUUACUCUUCAGUGAUAGAUGAGAUGCUCACUUUUACAGUACCAGCUGCAUAUUAGACUCUCCUCUAUUAAUUUUGUAUACAUUUCUUUGUGCAUAGUUUGACUGGAAUAGUCUAUACACAUUAUUUUGCGUGAUGUGUUUAUGCGCAUUUUAAUUAUUCACUUAAAGUUUUAUGAAAAACAGGAUUUUCCCCAUUGCUUACCAUGGAAACAUUCUUAGCUUGUGCUGUUAAAAUAUUAACCCUAAUAUUGUAACAUCUAAUAUAAUUGCACUCAGUAGUUAUAUGCCCCAAAAAUACAGGAUAAAUACUUUAUUUAUCAGCCCAUAUAGAGACAAGGUCAUUCUGAUUAUUUGCUCAUUAUUGUGUAAUAUGAAUUAUUUACAUUUUAUUUAUUUUCCAAACACCAUCCAGUGCGUGCACUCAAAAACAUUUCUGAAUUCUUUGAAGUAUUAGUAAAUUAUUCUGAAAUUAAAUGAUUCUUAUGUAAAUGUACUUGUAUAAUGUUACCUGGAAUUUUUAAUAUCUCUGUUUUGCUAGAUCUAUGCAUUUCAGACCUUAGAGCUGUGAAUAUUGCUGCGUUCAGUUCUAUACUGUCCAGGAAAAGGAUCUGUGCGCACCCUCCAGGCACUAAAGAGUUAAAUGUGGUGUAAUCCGUGGCUGCUAGAGCAGUGUUACUGAAGAUCCACAGCUAUCGCAGACUGAGAUUGUUUAGCAUAUUUAUACUUACACAUUUUAUGCAGGCAUAUAUACAUCUUUAAACCAUGUUCAUUAGUGGACUCAAGUAUUUGUACCUUUUGUGAAGGUGCUAUUCUUGCAGCAGUUUGAUUAUUGUAACCUGAAGACUAUGGAGGGAAUUUAAUUGGAUGGCUUCGCCCGGCCAAAUUAGCGUGACUCCUGAUGCACUUUGCAGCGGCAGGAUUUUGCUGAAAAAUAUUUGCUAACCAUAGGGUAGCAAAGACUUUUAAGUGGAGAGGGGUGCGAAUCGGCUGGGUGAAGGGUGCGAGUCGGGCUGCCGUUGCCGGCGUUUGAACGCUUUGGCAGUUUGCUCCCUACAUCCACAACUGAAUUCCAUCCUAUGAUUUUUAAAGUGAAACAUUGUUUUUAACAGGUGCUAGAUACUCACAUUCAGAUAUUUUAACCUAAGCAACCAUAGACAGCAUGAAAUUAAUUGUUUUACAGUAUUAUUCUACCAAUAACGUAUACUUUCUAUAUGUAUAACACAUAAAAAGACUACCUACUGGUCCACAAAUUCCUAUUUUAUACUUUCUCAUGUGCUCCCCCUCCAGCUGGCAGCUCCUCCCCAACACCCAAUGGUUGUCAGCAUGUAGCCCUGUUGCUUUUGUGGAACUACAAAUAUCCGCUUUCUCUGUCAGCCACAAUCUAGUAAAACAUACUGAGACUUAUAAUUCCACAACAGCUGGAGAGCAACAGGUUGCAAACUGUUACUAACACUUACAAUAUUUUAUGCAGAGGAAAGGGAGAGGGGGGAGUCUACAAAAUUCAUCUCAUCUAGUGCGGCUCCAUCGCACACGAGCGCUCCCGGCGUGACUAUGCGAUCCGUCCGCCUAGUCACGUGGGGGGCGCACAGAGUCAGACGGAGCCACGAUUAUCGUGGCUUCAUCUGUAGUUCAAAAGAAUGAUUGGUCAUUAUCACUGUUGAUUUGUGGAAUUUAAUGAAAAUAAAUAUUCUCUUAAUCUUAUAUUAAAACACAACACAAUACAAUUAUGGUAAAACCUUGUUUGCUUUUUUUUUAUAUAUAUAUCUUAGUAUAUUUUUGUUUACGGAGAUGAUCAAGCCACAUAGAUUGUGGAAAUGGGGAGUGGUUGUUUUAUUUAGUAUAUGUACUCCACAUUUAUUUACAGCGAUUUGCUCUGUGGAAUUUGUCACAUCUGGUGGUCCCUUUAGUACAGCUGCCACUGCACCGUCUUCCUUGUUUUUAAAUUUAUUUAUCUUGGAAUGGCAGUAAACAGUUGUUAAUGUGUGACUUUUAGUGCAAAUCAGGCACCUGUUAAAUGUUUGUUUUAAAUGCGUAGAUGCUAAUGACCUCAUUACCAUGACAGCCCCUUGUGAAUUGUAAUUGAGACGAUUUAGUCUGUAUGUUCAGUAUGGUAACCUUACAUAGGACAAAAAGUAGAAACCCCAUAAGGAAGUAUUAUAUAAUGUGACAUAUUAUAGACACUGAGAAGAUGUGACAAAUAUCAAAAAUGUACAUCUACAAAAUAUUAUGUAUGUAGUGGAAAUAUUAUUACUUGUAAAUAUGUACAUUUUUAGACUGGUUUAAGUUUGUGUGGUUAUACACACUAGAAAAACAAAAGUAAGUUAUUCAGUUAAAAUGUUUUGUGAUGUAUAUUAAGUGAAUAAGUCACAUUUGCACUAAUUAAUAUCACUGAUUAUUUAUCUUCCUAAUUUCUAAAUUAUCCCUCUCUCUGUAUUGGUUGCAUAAACGUUCCAUUAUACAGUAAACUCACCUUCAAGUGUAUGUGGAAAUAAUUAAUGUUGGACAUUGAUAGGUGGGUUCUGUAACCCCCACCUCCUAUGAUGAAUAGCCUGCAAGAGGAAAUGUAGUUCUGUAGUGGCUGGGAGGUCAGAGGUUGCCAGUCUAUGUUUACAGGAGGUGUUGCCAACUCUUCAUUACACUGCCUAGCUGUGAAUUACUUAUGAGUUAUUUAUGAGGAUUACCUCACUGAAACCUUGAUUCCUCUUCCGGUUUUAUGAUCCUCACUUAACCUUUUAUGUGCCUGGAGGUUUCCAUUGAUAAUUAAAUGAGUGUAUUUUUGGGGGAUCACUUCACCACAAAGGAUUUCGUUUAAGAUUAUUAAUUUUUGUUUUUUGCUAAAAAAAAAAAAAAAAGAAAAGGCAGCUGAUUUUUCUUUAUUUAUAAGGGCUUUAAAUAGUGGCCUUUUUACCCUUUCAUGUUGUUGCAGGCUUCUCCAACAGCAAAGGAGCACACAAAGGUUCUAGACCAGUGAACUUGCCUGAUGAAAGCAUAGUUCUCUUGCAAGUUGUGAUCUCUAAGGGGAUCAGUACAACAGCUAACCAGCUAAACUAUAUUGCCCACGUUUUUCUAUGUCUAUUGUUGAACUUAGUAUGUAUAUCUUGCUGGUUAGAAAUAAGCGCACAAAUGUAUAAAAAGAAAUCUAGCUUUUGCAACAAAAAAAAGUUUAAUAUAUUCAAAUUGAAAAUAUUUUUUCUUAUAUUAUCUAAAAAAUAAAUAUAAGCAAUCCCUCAGGGUUUUUAUUUUUUCCUUUUACUGUAGAGAUUGCUUAAGAGCCCAGCAGAACUGAUACGACGUGUGUAUUCGUUUACACAUCAAUGCUGCAAAUGCUCUGUAAUCACUACUCUUCCUUUGCCAUAGGGGAGCACAUAAUGCUACCAUCCCUUUGGUUGUUGAAAGGUUACCGCAUCAGUGCCUGCAUUUUCAUCCAAUAAAGGAAAGUACAUUAUUUGUGUGUGCCAGAUACUACAUUUUGCAGUAUAAAUCUACUAGUUUGUCGCUGACCUACUGAAGGAACACAAAUGCAGGUUUCCAUUGCUGAGAUGUUGCCAUUGCAAGCAUUGUACCAACAUACAUGUUGGCUUGUUGGAGAAAACAUUUUAAAUCAGGAAAUAAACUAAGUAAAUUGAUGUCUCUAGGUCACUCAAAAAUAAGUUAAUGUUUUGGGCAGUAUCCAAUUAACCACGGUAAUUUACCAUGGCUUACCUCCCCCAGUGCUAUCCAAUUAGCCCCAAUGCCGGUAUCAAAUCCGCGAUAAGCAGACUUUUUAUUUCCUAUCGCUGUGAAAACACCAAAGGUCUGUGACGCUUCGUGGUCCUCAUUUUUCGGACAGAUAAAACGGGCUAAUUAAGUAGCCUGACAAAAAUUGAUGAAAUCCCCCCCUCCCCUCCCCGGUUUUUCAGGUCUAAUUGGAUACCCCUUAGUUUUUAACUUCCUAAGUUCCAGCACUCUGUAUACCUGGUACAAGCUUUGUGUACGUAAGUAUAAUAUUUGCUGCUCUGUGUUCAGUUCAGGAGUUCUUCUGCUAUCUGAGCAAUUAAAGUGGAUGCCAAUUAAUAUGUUGGCUAAAUCAGUCCAUUCCAUAGGAACUAGUGACAGCACUGGGGCAUAGAGAGACAACCUCACUGCUGCCACUACUUCCUAGUGAUUUGGUCCAGCCCACAAAAAUGUAUGUUACAAAGUGUAUAUAUUUGAUGUGUCCACUUUAACCUUUUAAGAGAUCUGGUUACAUAUUUGAUUUUUCAACCUGUCUAAUGAGGUUUCCGUAAAAAAAAUAAUAAUAACAUACCUCUAAGUAAUGAAAUUAAGCUGCAACUGUCCUUAAUGGAGUAAAUAUAUUGCACUGCUGCAGGUUCUGCCAUGUUCUUGUUCUCCAUCCAAAAAUAUUGAUAGAUUUAGCGCAUUUGUAUCUCAUUUUCAAAUAAAACAAUGCUGCAAUUAAAUCUUGAAUUAAGCAAACUAAAUCAAGGCUUUUACAUUUUAUAUUCUUUUGGCGGCUUGGCUCUUACCUUACUAGUCCGUCCUGGGGGGGUUGAACUUGCAAUUUUAACUAUCACGUGUAUUUUAUUUUUUAAUUGUUGCAAUAAUUUAUUUUAUUUAUUUGUUUUCCUCAUCUGUGCUUCAGAUUGUGCAAAUCUGUAAAUGUGUCUUGUAUAAAUAAUGUUUUUGUACAUGUUUUGGAUAAAGUCAUGCAGUAUCCUUUCUGUGUUGAUGGUAAUAUCAUAUCCUCUGCUGCAUUCUGUUGCACUGUGGGAUACACUGGUGAAAGCACAGAUUCCAUUUAGCCAUGUCGACGAUGCUUUGCACUUAGUGUAACUUGGUUUAUUUAUGAUGCAUUGCCAAGAAAGCACAGACCAAAGUGACAACCUUCCAAGACUUCCAAUUUCCAGCCCUUUGUAUUGCAAUGGCACUCAAUAAGAGAUGACCAGAGUUCAAGCGAUAUUUAAUUAUAGCUAUGUCUUAUCCAAGCCAUAGAAUUGACUGUACAAGUUUGGUUUUCUUGUAUGAAAAAGCAAAAUGGCAGACAUUGUAACCGAAUUAAAGCUUCAUUUGUAAAAAGCCCUUCUAAAUUUAUUUGGCUCCUGGAGAUGUCUUCUUUGUUACAAGUAACCGUACCCUUUCCCACUCCUCAGACUUGAACAAAACAGUUCAGUUACCCAAAUAUUCAUAUAAUAUUUGAAUAAAUGAGGGAUUCAGGUUUCCAAUACAUGGAUUAGUAACAAUUGUAGUCUUAAUACCACUUCUAUAGUUUUCAUAUUAUACUGUACAAUAUAAAAAGAAGAGGUGGAACUGCAGCAUAUGGUCUAAAAUGCAACAGACAAAGUUUAAAGGCAUGAAAUUAAAUAAUUUCUGUAAAAUAACUAAUAAUUUACAGUAUACGUAUAUAAAAUGUGUGUGAAAGUUUCAAUACCUUCACAGAACUUGAGAUAGUUAAUAUGGCAUUUACAUUUGUUAUGCUACUAUUCUGUGUAAUUUGCCAUAUGUGCCUAAAAGAAGCUACGCACAGAAUUACUAACAAGAAGUCAGCUGUGUGCAGGAAGUUUAUCUUCCGCUAUCAUCAGAACUUGCUCCAAUGUAUUCAGUUCUGAUAAGCUCUUCAAGCUCUUUGUGAAUGUUAUUAAUACCUUAUGUAUCAGGCUUGUAAUUUAGUAUUUCCGGCCCUGUAACUGUAAACAGAAGAUUAGUUAAAGAAGUGUAUUUUUUUAAAAACAACAUUUAAUUAGGCUUGUUUCAAACUACCCCCAGUAAUGUAAUGUACUUGUCACUAGUUUUUGUACUCAAACUGAAUAAGCCCUGCAGAAAGAUCUGUUUGCCCCCACAAUUUCCAAUUAGUUGAACAUUCCAGUUUCCAGAGCUUUUUGUACACAUCCAUCCUAUCAUUGGUGUGAAGAUGUUUGAUAAUGUCACACUAAAGAUGGACAUACACUAUACAAUUAUCUGGCAGAUUUUGUCCGUUUUUCAGUGUUUGGGAGCAAAUGGUCGAUUGUCAAUUGCUUUCAUCCAUUACCAGAUUUUCAUUUCAACCAGCCAGAUCUGGCAGAUAAUCUGCCAGAUAAUUGUAUAGUGUGCUCAGCCUUUAGCUUGGCAUCUCAACUUACUUUAUCCUAGGGGGAGGGUGGGGGGGAGAGGGUAGAAAUGGAUGCUGCAUAUCAAAAUGAACAAAGUGCUGCUGUUUAUGGUACCCUACUGUAAAAGAAAAUGCAUAAUUUCAGAACUGUAAAUAGACCAUGUACAUAGUCAUGUAAAAAUAAUUUUGUGAUUAAAGCCCUUUUAAAUAAAAACACAAAAGUAAAUUAAA